AUAACGUAUUCGAUUCGAAAAUUUAAUAUUACAAAAACACUGUAUCUUUACUUUUUAAUUUUUAAUAUUAUUAUAAUGGACAGUGUAAUACAAAAUUUAAUAGAAAGUUAUCCCAAGUAUAAUGUUGAAAAACAACGAAGCUCAAGUUAUGUAGAAAUGUAUACAAAGGAUAAAUCUGAUAUAAUAAUCGUAUACGCAAAGACAAAACCUGCGAGUACGACGGCUUACUCAGAAAAUAAUAAAAAUAAUGAAGCAGAAGAAUUAGAAUUAACAGGCUCGCCACUUAAGCUGGAUUUGAGUUUGCACACUAUACUAGAUGAUACUCUAAUUACUGACGAGCCACAGUUAUGGAAGAAGGAAGAAAUAUUUCAUGCCCCUAUAGAUGUAGAUACAGCAAGGCAAAUAGCUAAUCAAUACAACAAAAGUCUAAGCGUUACAUCGAAAGAAAAUGCAAUACCCAUGUGGGUACUAUGUAGUCCCAGUAAUGAAGGCAACCCAUUACUCAUUACGGUCCAGUCUAAUGAGGAAUGCUUCGCUAGAGGAAUAGUUACCUAUCAGGGGUCCAUGACAUUGGAUGAUAUUGAUAUCGACAAAUAUGUUGAAGAUUAUGUUGCAUAUGAAAAAAUUAAUGAAGAUUCGGUAAGUUUGUCUGUGGACUGUAAAUAUACAAUAUCGGGUAUAUCUUAUGGAUCGCUGACAAUGGAAGAGCAACUAAAUGCUCCACAUGGUGGUGUCACCGACUUGUACUGUGAAUGGACUUCCAGGACUCUCGCUACACCGUUUAUAAGCUGUAAAGUUCAUUUCGAACAAGAAGUGACUGUGGGACAUUUGGCAAGUCCGUGCAAUGCCAUAUGGAAAUCAGUAUCUUCGCUUCACAAUAUCAAUCAAUUGCUUGUGGAUAUGACGGCAGCUGGAUUUAAUUCUGUUGAUUUAGAAAAAGCUAUUAUAAGAAACAUUAUACCGGGAAUGAAGCGAAUGAACAACUCAAAGCGCAUCAAUAAUCUCCUAAACGAAACGGAAAUGUAUACAUAUACCGCAGAAUGUCCCGCGGGGGGCUGCAUCUGUGUCACGGAAGAUACUACAACUUUGAGACAAUGUAUGACCGCUAUGUGUUCUCAGGGCUCGAGCAACGAUUUCACAUACAAACUGUGGGAUAUAUUGAGAGACUGUGAAACUGCUGAAGAACUAAUAACGUUAUUGAUUCAAGUACUGAAAUUCAUCUCGUCUGGGAAAAUUAGACCGUUCAUCGACGUCAACAAUAAGACAUAUCUAUCGAAAUUGGUCCUCAAACUAUCUAGAGGUCACUCUCAGACAUCCAAAGUGCUGAAAAACUUACGAUCAAGUCCACCACAGGCACUGUCCCUUGUUGCUCAAGUCGGGAUAGAGAAGUGUAUGUGGGAAUAUACCAGGAUUAUGUCGCUUCUGGAACAUUCGUUUUUCAUUGCUGGAGUUUGGAAUACUGAUGCCAAGUCACACGAAUCCAUUGAACAAAUAAACCAAACGAUCCAAGACAUGACGAUGGGGGGCGAUUUCACAUUAAAUCCAUUUGAAAGUAUUGCCACAACCGACCAUUCUAUACGUAUAGACACGGAAUCAUUUUGUAUCGAUGACGCUAAUGAGUUAACCGUUGACGAUUUCGCCUCUCUGAAAAAACAUGGCUUGGUGAACGAGAAGAAAGAUGUCAAUGAGGUGCCAUUAAUAUCAGAUGAAAUAGACAUCAGCCCAUGGAAGAAUCUUCUCAUGAAGUUCGCUCAAAUUCACGUCUGCUUGGAACACUUGUAUCGUGCUGAAAAUUGCUUAAGAGCUGAUUUCGCGCAAUUAAAGCCGAUGGCAUCAAAGCUGUUAGAAUAUUAUGUAUCUGAAAAAUCUCCAAUCAAAACGGUUGGACAGUUGCUGAGCGAUCCCGUCCAGAAGAUUUGUAUUCCAAUAGCGAAUAGCGUUGUUCAAGAUCACUUGAAAAAAUCAGCGCUAUGGUAUAGAAUGGAGUUGAAAAAGAAAACAGAUUCAUCAGAGAAACCAACCAGAACUUCAAAAGUUACUUACGUUUUCUCUCAACUGCCCGUAUUCCCUCCACAAGUUUGGCAAAUUUUAGAGCCUCCAACAGAGGAAAUAGCAGAAAUCACAACGAUUGAAGAAUUAAAAUAUAAUUGUACCAAAUACAUUCAUAUAAAUAAUACAUUGUCAAGAAAAUUUGAUUUUAUAUCAUGAGUUUUAGUUAUUUUUUUGAUUAUUAUGAAAUAAA